AUGGCCAUCGAGGCCCUGGCCUUCCUGAGCCGGGCCGCUCGAUCGGGCGCAUCUGUCACGGGCAGCCCCAUCGUCGCCAAGGACGAGCCGUUUGCCGCCGGCCUCUCCCCCGCCAGCCGUGCGGCAGCGCUGGGUGCCGCGACGCCCCUGGCUUCGUUCGGCUCCCAGCAUGCGAAUCAGGCGGCCCUGCCUCCAUCCCGGCCCCGCGCGCCCGGCUCGGUCAGGGCGUGGCCCCUCCCCAGCGACCGCGCCCUGGACGGCGGCGGGCCGCUCACCGAGCCGACCCUGGCCGCCAAGCGCUGCUCCUGCAAGCGAAGCCAGUGCCUGAAGAUGUACUGCGACUGCUUCGCGGCGGGCGGCUUCUGUGGCCCGGGCUGCGGCUGCUUGGGCUGCUCCAAUUCGGCAGACGCGGUCGAUGCCGUGCAGGAGGCCAGGAGCGCCGUCCUGGCCAAAGACCCCACUGCCUUCAGGGCCAAGGUGCUCAACGGCGAGGGCCACAAGAAGGGCUGCCGCUGCAAGAGGUCCAAGUGCCAGAAGAAGUACUGCGAGUGUUUCCAGGCCGGGGUCAAGUGCAACCCCGACAUCUGCCAGUGUGACGGCUGUGAGAACUGUGAGGGGGGCGCACCUCCGCGACCGCAGCCGGAGGGUCAGGCCUCCGGACAGCCUGCCGGCAUCCCCGCCCAUGGCUCCGAGUUCCUCGCUGCCAUGGCGGCCGCGCUGGCUGUCGCCCCCAGGCAGCAAGUCCCUGGCCCUCAUGGAGCCCCCCUGGGACCCGCCCUGCCUGUCUCCCUGGCGCCUCCCGUGUUUGCAGGGGUGCCGUUGUCGCUGGGCGGCGCUUCCGGGCAGUGGCACGAGGGGAGCCUGCUGUCGGGGCAGGCCCCCCUGCCCAGCCCCGAGGUGGACUCCAACGCGCUGCCCGGGGCGGGGCGGCCCUCGCUGGCCAGGCCCGGGGACGUGCUGCUGGGGGCGUGUGCGGCCGCCACCGCCCUGCUCCAGCCCACCCGGGACACGGGGGGUGUGGGCACCACCGCCGGCGCCCCCGACCGCGACGUCGUGGGAAACAUGUCGCUGUGCAUGGCCUCCACCCGCGCCGUGUGCGCUCCCCGCGCCAGCCUCAGGAUGCAGGUGACGGCUUGGGCCCCCCGCCUGUCGGCGAAGCCCAUGCGCGCCCAGCGCCUGGUGUGCCAUGCCGUGGACAAGGCGAGCGUGCUGUCCAACGUGCGCUCUAUCAUCGCAGAGCAGCUUGGCACCGAUCUUGACAAGGUGGCCGCCGACGCCAAGUUCUCCGACCUGGGCGCCGACUCCCUGGACACCGUGGAGAUCAUGAUGGCCCUUGAGGAGAAGUUCGAGCUGCAGCUGGAUGAGGAGGGUGCCGAGAAGAUCUCCACCGUCCAGGAGGCCGCGGACCUCAUCUCCGCGCAGAUCGGUGCCUGA